AUGGAUGGCGCGAUGCCUUUUGCCACAUCUUCUUUGACAUUUCGAAUCGUUUGUUGGAGUAACUCCGGAUUUCACGCCACCGGCGAAUCAUUGGAAGACGACAUGGGGGAGAAUGAAAUCUUCAGAAUGGGCGCAACAGACCUCGAGCCUGAGUGGGAGACGAAAGAGGAGAGACUGGGUUACCAGAGGUAG